CAUUUUUGCAACAAUGGCCAAUGAGCAACUCAAACACAUUGCUGCCCUUCUCCUCUUUCUCAACCUCUGUAUGUACAUCAUUCUUGCAGCCAUUGGAGGAUGGGCUCUUAAUAUUGCCCUUGAUAGAGCUUUCAUUAUAGGUGAAGAUCUAAAGCUUCCUGCUUAUUUCACACCGAUAUUCUUCCCGAUCGGCAAUGCUGCCACUGGAUUUUUCGUAUUGUUUUCAUUGAUCGCUGCCGUUGUCGGUGCUGCCUCGAUGCUCACCGGAAUCAACCAUAUUAGUAGUUGGAACAAUAACAGUUUAGCAUCUGCUGCAUCUUCAGCUAUUACUGCAUGGAGUCUCACACUACUUGCAAUGGGACUGGCUUGCAAGGAGAUUGCCAUAGAGAGGAGAAAUGCACGUUUGAGGACAAUGGAGGCUUUCACUAUCAUUCUUUCAGCUACUCAACUCUUCUACAUUCUUGCCAUACAUGGGGCAUCAGCAAAGGUUUAAUUAAAACAAGAUUAUUAAUUGAGUGCGUUGAUUGGCGUUUGCUCUAGUUGUUUAGACUUUAGUUGUGAUUUAAUUAAGUUACUAUGUAUGUAUGUGAUUUGUUUUGUGAAUCUGAAUAAAUUGUUAAGAGUUAAAAUUUGAAAGCA